AUGAACUUUAGAGCACCGAGGAUCAAGAUUGAUGAGCUCCUCCGGUCCACCUCGCCUGUCCUCAGUGACGUCCAGCGUGCUCCCGGUGAUCCUGAAGUGAGCGGCGACCCCCCACUGACUGACACCCUGCGGUUCCGGUGGUUCCUCCGCAUCCUGUCCCCCAGGGCCCAACUUCAGCGCAUCAGGAUUCUGUUGGUGGCGGUUUGGAAUCUCAUUAGACGCUUUAUUAAGUGGCUAUUCGGUCUGGCGCCGCCUCCCCCUGGGGCCGGCGUGCGCUCCCAGCAGCCCGUGGUGCCCUGCGCCGACCCCUCCCGAGCCCAUGUUCAGGGAAUUGCGGUGCGUCCGCCAGGAGCCAUGUGCCUCCCUCCACCCAACAGCAUGGACAGUAAGCAACAGGGGCCGGUGACCGGGGGAGGGGCUGUACCUAAACCACAAGAUGGAGGCGUUUCGCUGGAGCCCUUCGUACACCAGGUGGGGGGUCACAGCAGCAUGAUGCGGUACGAUGACCACACUGUGUGUAAGCCUCUGAUCAGCAGAGAGCAGCGCUUCUAUGAGUCUCUGCCUCCUGAGAUGAAGGAGUUCACUCCCGAGUAUAAAGGUCAGUCGCCGCUCUCUGAUGUUUUGGAUCAGAACCGCUGGGCUCUUCAUGCCGCCAGACCCCAUCUCAAUGCAGCAUUAUAGAACCUGCUGCACACAUUACUGUAACUGAAAUGAUUAAUCAGAUUAAUUGUGAUUAAUCAAUUAUCAAAAUAAUCAUCAACAAAUUUAGUAAGUCUCUCCGAGGUCCAGUAACAUUCGCUCAGCUCAGAAUAACUCCCUGCUAAAUGGCUGGAGUAGCAGAAUGACGCUGAGGAGGAAGGAGAUCCGGAUGUUUAGUGGAAGAGGAGACGUAGCGGCUCUGUUCUCCAUCAACGGCCGCUGCUGGAUCUGCCUGACACCCUGAUGAUGUAGAAACAGACCCAAACAAACGCCGACAGCGUUGGUCCUGUUCCCUGUGUUAGAAGAAAUACUUCAUGGUUGAUGGAGCAGGCGUCUUAUUAAUCAGUCUGUUAAAACAGGGAGUGCUUUUUUUGGCUCUUUUCUUUAAAGCUGGCCUGUUUUACUUC